UCCUGUGAAGCGAUGGCGAGUUGGGCGGCAGGCGGAGACAAAAACAGCUGUACAGAAAAUGGAAUAAACAUUAUGUUCAGUCAUUUCUUUGUAUAAUAGAACAGGAUAGACAGGGAAAUUUUAAAAAUCUGGGGAAAAUAAUCAAGCGAGUCAAGUCGGACUCAUCGCCAUGGCAGCUGAGGAGGAGAGGGGGGUAGUUCGUGUCAGAGUCAAGAAGUCCGAGGGGCUCUUGCCUGCAGAGUUCCGCUCUUUCGCGGUUGACCCCCAGAUCACAUCACUGGAGGUGCUGCAGCACAUCCUGGUCCGAGCCUUCGAGUUAAACGGGAAGCGCAACUUUGGCAUCAGUUAUCUCUCCCGGGACCGUGGGGGUGUGGAGGUCUACCUGUCUCUCCUCUCCGAUUGGGACUUAGAUGCAGCGUUCGUCAGUGCAGCAAAGCCCUAUUUGCAGCUGAAGAUGGACAUCAAGCCUUCUGAAGACAGCCCAGUGCUGGAGGACUGGGAUAUAAUCAGUCCCAAAGAUGUGAUCAGCUCAGACCUGCUGCCCGGGGAGAAAGGGAGGUCUCUGGCAGCUGCCGCUCUCCCGUUCACACAGUCACUGCUGUCGCAGGUGGGCCGAACGCUGUCCAGAGUGCAGCAGGCACUGAGCUGGACAUACGGGGAGGAGGUGAAGCCGUUCAAGCCGCCGCUGAGCGACGCCGAGUUCCACAGCUACCUCAACAGCCAGGGGCAGCUGACCCGGCCGGAGGAGCUGAGGCUGCGCAUCUACCACGGAGGGGUGGAGCCUUCACUGCGCAAGGUGGUGUGGCGGUACCUUCUGAACGUGUAUCCCGAUGGGUUGACUGGCCAGGAGAGGAUGGACUAUAUGAAAAGGAAAACCAGGGAAUAUGACCAGCUGAAGGGGGAGUGGUUAGCCCGGGUGAGCCCAGAGGACCUGGAGUUCAUCAGAGGCAAUGUGUUGAAGGAUGUGCUGAGAACGGACCGAGCUCAUCCCUACUACGCUGGCUCUGAGGACAGCCCGCACCUGACCGCCCUGACCGACCUGCUCACCACUUACGCCAUUACGCACCCACAGGUGUCGUACUGCCAGGGCAUGAGUGACAUUGCCUCCCCAAUCCUGGCAGUCAUGGACAACGAGGCCCAUGCAUUCAUCUGCUUCUGCGGCAUCAUGAAGCGGCUCGAGGGCAACUUCCGCCCCGACGGCCAACUCAUGUCCGUCAAGUUCCAGCACCUCAAGCUGCUGCUGCGCUACUCCGACCCAGAGUUCUACGCCUACCUGGUGUCCCGGGGAGCUGACGACCUGUUCUUCUGCUACCGCUGGAUCCUGCUGGAGCUCAAACGCGAGUUUGCCUUUGAGGAUGCCCUGAGGAUGCUGGAGGUCACCUGGAGCUCCCUGCCCCCUGACCCCCCCGAGACCGAGGUGGAGCUCCUGGGCCCCCCGCUAGAGGCGGACAAGGAGGGCGCUGGCGUGGAGGCCGGGGCGGGAAUGGAGAGCGAGCAGAAGGGGAGGCAGCGGAGGCGGCACAUGCUGAGGCCGUCGCGGGAAGAGGCGGACGGGGGGAGGGUGCUCGGCGUGGGGGAGGAGGAGAAGGUGGAGGAGCGGCCCCGGGGGGAAGGAGAAGGGGGUCGUGAGAUUGAGGAUUUGGGGGUAGGGGGAGGUGGGGUGAACGGCAGGUGCGAAGAAGGCGUCGCGGUGCACCCUUUCUGUAAGCAGCCCAGUUUUGGUGAGUUUAAAUACUACAGCGCCCAUAAUGGAGACAGUUUUGACUUGGAGGAGAAAGAGCCUCCGUUGUCACCGCCACCUCCGCAAGCCUCAUGUCCUGUAUCAAGUCCGCUGGCUCGGCAGCCUACAGAGGACAGUGAGGACGACCAAGGAGAGAAGGAACCCCUCAUCAGCCCAGAAGAUGAGCAUUCUGCCCCAGUGGCUGGUGGGAGAAGGUCCCCCAAUGGGCACACAGCAUCCCCAGACUCCACUUUCCCUCCCUGCCUUCCAAACUGGAAAACCGGCUCCACUCCAUCCGCAGUGGCUUCCCCUCCCUCACUACCCAAUUGGAGAUUGCCAUCCCUGGCCACGCCCACAUCAAAACCCACAUCCUCUUUUUCAUCCAUCAACGGGAGGGCGGAAUCCCCGGCCACACCCACUGGAAGACACGUCUCAUCUCCGUCAGUGCCCAAUGAGAUUGGGGCCAUGUCCCCGGCCACGCCCACAGCCAAGCCUUGCCUUUCGUCUCCAUCCGUUACCAAUGCCCCCAGUCGCUCUCUGCUCUCCUCCCCUAUCCUGUCCUUUGGCAGGGCUUCUUCUCCUCCUGUCGGUGCGACCAGCAAACCCCCUUCCAGCAAUCUCCCCUCCCCAGGCGCAAAACCUGCCAUCUCCCCAUCCAACUUGGAUGCUAACAAACCAGUCUCCCUGCCACCUCCGCAGGAGUUUGGCAAGGGAAACCCCUUCAUGCUGUUCCUGUGCCUGUCAAUCCUGCUGGAGCACCGCGACCACAUUAUGAAGAACAACUUCGAUUACAACGAACUGGCCAUGCACUUUGACCGGCUGGUCCGCCGGCACAACCUCGGGCGCGUGCUCCAGCGUGCCAAGGCCCUGUUCGCGGACUACCUGCAGAGCGAGGUCUGGGACUCGGAGGAGGGGGACGAGGUCAGCUCGGACUCCCCCGCCACGGCUGGCACGGCCGCCCACACCCCCUCGACCAGGCCACAUUCUCCCCCAACUCAGUCUUCCCCGGAAUCAACUUCCCCCAAUUCCACCUACAACCUGGCUAACACCAUCCCCUCCCUUCCUUCCUUCCCUCUGCCCCCUCACUCCUCCUGACCUCUUCUGUCAUCCCUCACACAUGCAGACACCUGUGUGACUCCCUGUAUUGCCUUUUCUCUUCAAUACACUUUCUUCUCCUUGAGCCUUCUCUCAUUUAUUGCUCCAUUCGUGUUCCAAGUCUCGUUUAAACCCCUGCAAUUUGAGCAAAUAAUGCAGAUUUCAGCCUCCUCCUUCAGUUUGCAGUCCAGACGUUCUGAAGCUAUGCCUUCAAAGUCAUCCUAAGCCUUCAGUUGCGCUCUCCUCUACUGUGAGAUAGCGGGGCCAAAUUCCUCAUCAAACGAACACUCGAACAGAAAUGGAACAGUCUGAAGCCAAAUGCCUUGUGCACACAGCCAGUCCAAGCAAUGAGGCAUUCGUCUGUGGUCUCCAUACAUGACAACCAAAAGCUGAGGCUUGACCAAAGAUCCAGUGUCAUAAGGGAUGCUAUCAGUUCCUCCAUUUCUCUCCACACAUCCAAAUGACCCCGUUGUUUUGGUUAAAAACAUCUGGGACUAAACUGUGGUCCUCUGAAGUUAAGCCUCAGAGGGGUAGGAACUAAGGGAAAACGCUUUCUGUAUGUGAGACUGAUGUGCUACUCAAUAUAACGUUGAUGAGCCCAUUAGUAGAAGUCACAGAAUUUUGUACAACUGCACAUCACUUUCUGAAUAUGAAUACAUAAUGGUCAAGAGGAAUACACUACAUUAGGGAUGUUUUCUUCUCAUCCAGGAUGGACUUAAUUCAGUAGUUCAUAUAGGUUUGUGUGUGUGUGUGUGUGU